GUUCUAUUUGUCCUUGCUUAUUCCCGAUUGCCCCGGUCGGUGAUUAUUUUCUUACUUAACGGUGUUCGCGUUAAUAUUUAAGGCUGGCUCUACCUUGCUUACGUCGUUUUAUCGUUCCAUCUGACGAUCUUUCUCACCUCCCUACCCCUCAGCCUUCUUAUGCGUUCUUACAGUACCUACCUUCUCUGAUAUAUUCUUGCCAUACGAUCAAAAUGCCCUCUCUCCCUCAAUCCCUCUCGUCAAUAGCCUCACAUCUUCCUUCUCUGCCCGCUACGUCCAAUCUAACAACCACAUCCGCCCCGAAGAUUCUCCUCUCCGCCCUCUCGGCCACCCUGAUCGUCCUGGCCUAUCGCGACUACCGAACUUACAUGUCCUAUGGCCCCGGUGGCAGCCCACACAAUGCGAUCGGAUGGUUUGGCGUGCGCGUGGUGUUGCGCCCCUUCAAACGAGAGAUGUUUUCGACGGAUGUCUAUACACGGAAAAUCAAAGACGGGGAGAGCACGAGUUAUCUGCCCGGAGAGAAGGAACUAAGCCACAGAGAGGGCGGAAGACCAAAGGUUGGACCGCAUAUGGUGCCGCAGAGACAACUGGAUGAGUUUGCGUCCAAGGAAAUGCAGAAGAAACUCGUUGAGGAGUUCGAGUCUUUCGCGGUUCGAAACUCGCAUCUCGUGAAACUGGCACCGUCAGGGCUGGAACUCCACGCAGAUGCAUUAUUCGUUGCCGAUGGACUUGCGAGUACUCUGCCGGCGGAGAAGACCAAGCGUGAGAUUGCUCAUAUUCACCGUUUGAAGGAUGGUUCGCUUCAUGUGACACUAGCACCAGCAGAUUGCAAAAAAAUCUUUGACGCUGGCUGGGGUCAGCGUCAUUCCUUGUCUGGGGCCUCGGUUCCCAAGGCUAUAACAGGCCGGACUUUCGAGCUACCAUCGGAGUAUGUUCUGAUUUAUGCACCUCGCACCGAGGCUGAGGUGUCUAUCGUCAUGGAGGUUGUCAAGGCCAGUGUGGAGUACAUGACGGGAUCGGAGGACCUACGGUGAGUUUGGUCCUAACGAUGGAAACAAAUGAAAGACAACGUAGAGAAAAAUCGACAGGAGACCAUGAGGCCAACCUGCGAGUUUGUAUAGUAUGAAUACAAUCACCCCUCAACGAGCCGCAUGCGGUUGGCAGAGACAUCAGCAGUAGCGACGACGUAG